AUGUCAGGAAUCAAAACUCUGAAUUACUUUGUCAAUUGGGCAAUUUACGGUCGUGGAAAUAAUCUGUCAGACCUGCCCAAUGACAAGCUGACUCACAUUUUGUAUACGUUCGCUAAUAUUCGCGAGAAUGGCGAAGUCUUCCGGACUGAUAAUUGGGCGGAUAUUGAUAAACACUACCCUGGAGACCAAUGGGAUGAACCCGGCACUAAUAUUUAUGGCUGUGUCAAGCAAUUAGGAUUGCUUAAGAAACAUAACAGAAACUCCGAUCCCGGGCGAACCAAGUUCGCAGAAACAGCUACACAGCUAAUCUUAGACUGGCGUUUCGAUGGGUUGGAUGUGGACUGGGAGUAUCCUAAAAACGACGACGAGGCAAACAACCUUUCUUUACUACUUAAAAAGUUUACACUUGAUAUGGCAGCCGCAGCAGCUGGCCAAAAUCGGGGAUUCCUGACUAUUGCUGGUCCAGCUGGCCGCGAAAAUUAUACCAAGUUCAAGUUUUCCCAUCUGACUCCUCAUUUGGAUUUCUACAAUCUGAUGGCCUAUGAUUAUUCCGGAGCCUGGAGUACGGCUGCUGGCCACUGGGCGAAUUUGGAAGAGCCUACUAGCACGCCGAAAAAUACUCCAUACAGUAUAAGUGAAGCAUUGGAUUAUUACAUCAACAAAAGCAAAGUCCCACUACCCAAGAUAAUCCUGGGUAUGCCCUUGUACGGGCGCGGCUUCACUAACACUGAUAGCCCUGGGCAUCCAUUUGAGGGCAUAGGACAAGGCCAUUGGGAACAAGGAAUUUGGGACUAUAAAGACCUCCCAUUCACUGGAGCUUCAGAGCACCUGGAUAAACAAGCCGGAGCGUCAUGGAGGUUUAACCCCACCGAUCGCAUGAUAAUCUCAUACGAUACCCAGGAAAUGGGAGAAAUAAAAGCAGAAUACAUACUUCAACACCAGCUGGGGGGAGCCAUGUGGUGGGGAAGCAGCGGUGACAAAGGAGGAAAGGCUCCGAGGAAGUCCUAG